UCUCAGACUCCACCCGGGGUUGCAAUUGCCGCCAUUUCCGAGUCCCUCUGGUACUUUCGCUUUCACACUCCGUAAAUGCUGCUAGAGGACGGUACGUUUAUCCCUGUGCAACAACAACAGGAUUUUUUUUAAAACUUGCUAGAAAAGGCGGUGAUCAAACGGCAGCUAUCUGAUACCCAGAAGUAGCCGGGCACCUUGAUGAAAUGAAAUAACUUAUAGUUUGAGGGGACUAUCUCGACAAAGCCUGAGGCUUUCGGAAGGACAGACCGCCCCCUACGCGCCAUGACCCGUCUCCGGAGGAUCAGUCCGAUCAAGUUACAGUGAAGAUGAAGGUUCUUUCAUUUUGUCCUAGCUCCACAGUGAGCUCCUCUCUGACUGGUUGGAUCAUUUUCUUCAUUACUUUUCACAUUCACAAGCUGGAAUCAGCCAAGUUCAGAGUGACCGGUCCUGGUCACCCUGUCACUGCCAGGAUGGGUGAGGCCAUUCUGUUACCCUGUCACCUGUCCCCCAGGAUAAGCGCUGUGAACAUGGAGGUGAGAUGGUUCCGAUCUGAGUUCACUUCAGUUGUUCACCAGUAUUAUGAAGGAAAGGAGCAGUAUGGAAAGCAGAUGCCAGACUAUCAUGGAAGGACAGAGCUUUUGAAAGCUGGCAUCAUGGAUGGGAAUGUUUCCUUGCAGAUUCUUAAUAUCAGACCCUCAGAUGAAGGACAAUACAACUGUUUUGUUCAAGAUGGUCCUUUUUAUGAAGAAGCCCUAUUGGAACUGCAGGUAGCAGGUCUGGGCUCUGCUCCUCUCCUCUCUGUUGAAGGUCACCAGGAUGGAGGGAUUCGGGUAGUUUGUCGAUCAGCUGGUUGGUACCCAGAGCCUGAAGUGCUGUGGAGAGAUCUCAGUGGGCGACAUUUACCAUCACUCUCUGAAACAACAUCCCAAGGAGAUAACAGCCUGUUUGAAACAGAAACUACGAUCAUUGUAACAGAACAUUCAAACCCAAACUUGUCCUGUUGCAUCAGGAACACCGUUCUCAAUCAAGAAAAGGAAUCAGCAGUUUAUAUAGCAGAACCCUUUUUCCCAAGGGUGAAUCCCUGGAUGGUGGCGCUGAGUGUGACCCUGGUGGUUUUGUUUGGUUUCAUUGCCCUCACCAUUUAUCUCUUUAAAAUGAAAGAGAAACGAGAUAACGAGAUAAGGUGGAGAAGAUCCAUGGCACCUAUAGAAGAAGCGAAUGUGACUCUGGAUCCAGACACGGCUCAUCCCCAACUCGUCCUGUCUGAGGGUGGGAAAAGUGUGAGAUGGGAAUACACACGGCAGGAUCUGCCCAACAACCCUGAGAGAUUUGACACUGAGGGCUGGGUGCUGGGCUGUGAGGGAUUCACCUCGGGGAGACAUUGCUGGGAGGUGGAGGUGGGUGGGCGACACUGGGCUGUGGGGGUGGCCAGAGAGUCUCUGAGGAGGAAGGGACGGAUCAGCCUUAGCCCUGAGGAGGGGAUCUGGGCUGUGCUGUGCUGGGGGGGUCAGUUCCGGGCUCUCACCCACCUUGUGACCCCCCUGCCCCGGCGCCGGGCCCCCAGCAGGAUCCGGGUUUGUCUGGACUGUGGCCGGGGGCAGGUGACAUUUAUCGAUGCUGGUGACGAGGCCGCGAUCUUCACUUCCCCGCCGGGCUCCGUCCCUGGGGAGAGAAUCCGCCCCUGGCUCGGGGUGUGUUGGGGAUCCCGGCUCCGCCUGUGUCCCUGAGACCCACAGCAGAGGGGGAAGCGGAAAUCAGCCUCUCUAGCCUCCCGGACCCCAGUCUCUAUGGUCUUGGAAGACUCCCAUAGACCCAGCCCCUGGCUCCUCAUCUCUACGACCCCUGGAAGCUCCUCCCCCUCCCUCUCUGCAGCCCCAGGGAUGGGAGGGGGAGGGGGAGGAACCCCUGGGGCUGCAGGAGGGGCAGAGGGGCCCUGA